AUGUCCGUUCAAACAGCCCUGGAACCCGAACACCCCCAACCCUCAACAACCAUCACGCCCGAAACCCUCUCUCAAACAUUACGAGAGAAACUCGAUGCCGUACAUGUAGAUGUUGCGGAUUUGUCAGGCGGUUGUGGACAAAUGUUUGAAGCGGUCAUCGUUUCACCACAAUUCGAGAAAAAGUCGUCGUUGGCGAGACAUCGACUUGUGAAUAGUACUUUGAAGAAAGAAAUUGCAGCUAUACAUGCUUGGACGGCUAAGUGUUUUACGACGGAGGAGUGGGAGAGGAAGAAGGAUGUGGGGGGUUGA